UAUUAUUCUUUUUUUUAUUAUUUGACGCAUCCUGUGCUUUUAUUCUGAAUUUCUAAACCCAGAAGUUACGUCAGAGUUGCGACGAGGUUUGGCGGGCUCUUUCAAGCUUUGCGGUCCCGAAACUGAGCAGCCAACGUGCCAGCCAUUGAAUACAACGAAUUGAGACCAGGAAAGCCUCCGACGCCACCGUCAGCGACAUCUUCCUGACAUUCUUCUCCAUCAAAGAGGGGAAAGUCGCCUGGCGCACCAAAGAAACCGUGAGGGAUUAGUCUGAUGAGCUCAUCCUCCUUCUGAGUACCCAAGACCAGGCUUAGGACCCCCAAAAACAGCAAAAAUGUCACAUGAGCGAGUGCAGCCGGCACAGAGCAAGACCAGCAAGUACGUGCCCCCCAGCCUGAGGGACGGGGGCGCGCGCAGGGGCGAGUCCAUGCAGCCCAACCGCAGAGCCGACGACAACGCCACCCUCCACGUGUCCAACCUGUCCGAGGGCACAAGCCAGACGGACCUGCAGGAGCUCUUCAGACCCUUCGGCUCCAUCUCCAGAAUCUACCUGACCAAAGACAAGAAGACCGGGCAGUCCAAGGGCUUCGCGUUCGUCCGCUUCCACCGUCGCGAGGACGCGGCCGAGGCAAUCGCCGGCAUGUCAGGAUUCACGUGCGAUCGUCGUACCCUCAAAGUCGAAUGGGCCAAGUAAGGCAGCACCGCUUCGAAAUAUCCGGGAUCCUUUUUCCGUUUGCUGACCAACCAGAACUUUUUACCGCAUUUUAUCACAACGCUACAAUGAUUGUUA